CACUCACCCACCUAGCUAGUCAUCACUAGUCACGUUCGUCCACCAGAGACAACAAUGGCCAUGGAGACGUGCUUCAGAGCGUGGGCGCUGCACGCCCCCGCUGGCAGCAAGGACAGGCUCCUCGUCGGCAACCUGGUGCUGCCGUCGAAGCGGGCGCUCGCGCCGCUGUCCGUGGGCCGCGUCGCCACGCGCCGGCCGCGGCACGUCUGCCAGUCCAAGAACGCAGUGGACGAAGUUGUGGUGGCGGACGAGAAGAACUGGGACGGGUUGGUGAUGGCGUGCGAGACGCCGGUGCUGGUGGAGUUCUGGGCGCCGUGGUGCGGGCCGUGCCGGAUGAUCGCGCCGGUGAUCGACGAGCUGGCCAAGGACUACGCCGGCAAGAUCACGUGCUGCAAGGUGAACACGGACGACAGCCCCAACGUGGCGUCUACCUACGGCAUCCGCAGCAUCCCCACCGUGCUCAUCUUCAAGGGCGGCGAGAAGAAGGAGAGCGUCAUCGGCGCCGUCCCGAAGUCCACGCUCACCACCCUCAUCGACAAGUACAUCGGUAGUUCAUGAGCAUGCCAUGCCAUGCCAUGCAUACAUGCAUCGACGACUAAACACAUAUGUGUAUCUCUAGUAGCCUUUGCAUACGGGAUAUGAUCAAUUCAAGCAGCCAGCCGUCUGCUACUGCUGUGUUAUAUAUACCAUACCUCCAUGUCGAAUCCA